AUGCCCCCAAGUCGACCUCGCAACAGAAAGCAACGGAGCUGUCCUUGGUGCUCUCAGUCCUUCACCAAGGAGGAUCAUCUCUCGCGCCAUAUCAGAACCCACACAAAGGAGAGACCGUUCCUUUGUUCUGUAUGUGGUAAACCUUUCAGUCGCCAUGACUCCCUUCUGCGACAUGCACGUAAUCACGGAGAGGCUAGUCCCCAGCAGCCCAGACUUCCAGAGCAGCCAACAUCUGCCCGGAAUUCCCAAGUUAAUAAUACCCUCUGUGCUGCGCCCAGAUUGGAUGACAGCAUUGCUUUGGAUUCACUACAAACGCCGCCUCUAUUAUUAGAUACGCCGCCUUUGUCAUCGGCUGACCAUCCAGAACCCGGAAAUGUACCUACGUUUCCUUUUUCUUCAAGUGCUGGAAAAGACGAGUGUCUUACGAUAUUAGAAGCCAACGGAAAUAGCUCAACAGUUGACAAGGCAUACGAACAGGUCUCACAGCAACCGGGGCCGGCAGCCAGCUCUCCCAAUGGCUGUCCAAGUUCCCUAAGCCCACCGGACAAUGCAUUGAAUGAGAACUUACAGUGCCAGGCCUAUGAUUGGACACUUGAGAGCAUGACGCAGAUUCCCACUUGGCUCGCUACUGAUGACUUCGAUAUCAAUGCAUUGAAUGCUGCCAUUAUUGCAUCAACCAACCUACCAGCGUUGUUGCAGAACUCGGCAACCAUGGGCCCGAUAAGCGACCCGCUCCUGCAUACAGGUGAAAGUCUACCAAAUGGCACUGAUAAGUUCGAAGACAUAGUUUGUCGUCACUGGUUCACGCACCCCGAGGCGCCAGGUACAGAGCAUGGAUUGCCAGAUCGAGAAUCACGAGCAACCGUUGAUGAGCCCUACCGACAAGGUUUGACUGAGCGUCUACAAUAUCGCGUUCCAACAGAUCCCUUGCCAUCGACGGACUUCCUAAAUAUGUGCAUACAAAUGUACUUUGCUAAAUUCCAUCCCAUAUUUCCCGUAGUCCAUGCGCCAACAUUCCGACCUUCAACUGCAAACGCUUUGCUGUUGCUUUCAAUUUGCUCAAUCGGUAGUCUGUUUCUAGGCUCCAGACAUGGUAUUUCUUGUGGCACCAGGAUUUUUGAAACACUCAACAAAGCUAUACUAGCAUCCUGGGAAACAUACAUUGGAAAAGGAGAGCCUGAAGUACGGUCCAUGUCUCAGGCGGGUUUGAUAGGCCAGGUGUUUGGUUAUUUGAGCGGAAAGCGUAGACAUCUCCUGCUGAUUCAGGUUUUUCAUAAUACCAUAAUUACGUGGGUCCGGAGAAUUCGGGUGCUUCGCAGUCACCAGUCAACAUGCGAGAUUGAAAGAGAGGAAAUCGAACGCGACCCAGAGGGAGCGUGGACUACAUGGGUUGCCAAAGAAGAGCAACGCCGCCUCGUAGCAGGAUUGGCCAUACUGGAUAGCGAGUUUGCGGAUUUGUUUCUUUCAGAACCCUACAUGAGACGCCCGUCGCUGAGGUCCUCUAUCUCUGACGAUGAAAUCUGGACCGCGCCAACAGCAGCAGACUGGAGUCGUAGUUUAACCCGACAACUAAGUUCCCAUGUUCGUUCGGACUCGAUGGCCAAACAAAACAGCUUUAAAGAAUACUUUGCCCUGGAGGAGAUUGCAGGAUCUGUAUGUGAUGCCCGUAUGUCUGAUGAUUACUCCGCAUUACCUUCACAGCAAAGUGUGCUCGAGAAGUUCUACUGCAAUAAUAUUACCCAGAGAAGCUCUUCCGUUGGCCCUGAUAACUUCUGCCUGAGAGCGCUGUGGCACAUCACGUUCCUCUCCUCCCUGGUGGAUUUUGAUCGCUUGGAACUUGCAGUUGGGCGUGAGGGGCAUGAAGAGUCACAGAGGCACGUGUGUUACGCUCGAGCCUGGGCAAAUUCGCGAGAUGGCUGCCGGUGCGUUGUCCAUGCAGUACUGACCUUCCGCUGCCUGGAGAGUAUACCUAUAGCGAAGGAGCCACCAAUCCACGCGCCUCGGUCUCUACAUCGAGCUAUAUUGGUACUCUAUUGCUAUCUUCAGUUCAAGGAUAUAGCCGAUCACACAGAUGUCACACAGAAUGCAUUCGACUUUCCAGAACUCAAUCACGCGGGGGUUAUUUGUGAAAGGAUACUCGCGGAGGUCAAUUGUCCCGGAAUGUGGGGGCCAAAGCCCAUGCAUUCCAGCAUGCUGUGUCAUUUUAUUGAACUAUUGAGACGUCUUGGGCACUGGGGCCUGGCGCGACAACAGGCUGCGAUGUGGGAAGUUGUCGUGUAUGGACUGUUGCCAAAUUAG